AUGCACAACAUUCUCUUCCCCGCUCAGAGUACUCAUGACCGUAGCAAUUACUCGCAUGAUAUUAACAAUAUUAUCGAUUCUAUACCAUCGCCUCGCCGACGAACUCGUCUUCAAACCACUGCCUAUCUCCUUGGUUCCCGUAAAAAUCUGCCCGAAGUCGAUGACGAACAGAUCAAUCAAGUUCCCGAAUGCCACCAAGGACCCGAGCCGCAGCCUCAGGCUUUCGAGAAAAUCGAGUUCCGUGUGCUGUUGAACACAACGGACAAAAACAAAUUGACAACCUAUGUCGGCUAUUUUUACACCGAGUCAGACCAUCCGUUGGAUAUAUUGGACUCUAUGAAGGCUGUAAUGGACCUUCCAAAGACCUACGAGCACUUGGGCUGGUGCUUGUCUACAGCCUGCCGCACAGACCCGCCACAUCGCCUUUUGACUUCGCAGGAUAUCUCCAGCGCUUUCAAGACUGCGAGGGCUGAGCAGGCAGGCAUGGUGUCCAAGUCUGACCCUUCGCUCCUGCUAUAUGUGAAGGAACUCGAAAAUGUGAAAAGAAAAUUGUGUUGCUCCGAGCAUCAGCUCGGAAAUUUAGAGAACACAUUUUGUUGGGUGGAUGUGUCGCAGCCAAACACUCCACACUAUCCGAUAUGCACCCAAGACCUCCAGGAGUGGGCAAAAUAUCUGCACGACACUCGAGAUCCAGACAACACCUGUAUUAGUCUACCCAACACACCCCAUUUCGAUGACAUUCGCAAGACACGCAAGGCAAGAACUGUGUCGCUUCAACGUGUCCCAACCGAGCUCGUAUCGCCCAUCAUCCAUAAUCAUGUUCACCUCUCGUCUGCCAUCGAUGACAUGUGGACUUCCAACGGCGCGCUUUCGAAACAGCAAAGUAAUGACCCUAUGACUCCUCAACCACUCAAAAGGACAUUUGCACUCUACACGGAAAGUGAUGAAGAAACUGACAAUGACGAACCACCGCAAGACAUUGACAACAUCCUUAUGACCAUUCAUUAUCGCUACCCUGCAAUGGAUUUUCCCCGCUACGUGAAUCCAUUGAAGGAGCACGGCAUAUUGUAUUUGCCGACUGCAGCACAUUUUAGCAGUAGAUUUUAUGUCGAGAAGGUUGGCAUGACGGAGGGUGCCGCAUUUACAUUUCAUACUUGUGUCUGUGAAGCUCACAUGAAAGAGGAACGUGCGAAGGCGAGAAGGAGGGCUAAAGGGAAAAGGAGGGCGCGAGCUGAUGACAUCGAGAAGGAAAAUAAUCAAGCUCUCGAAUAG